GUGCGCGUACUCGGGCGCAUCGAUUGAUGAUCUAUAUAGAUCUUUUAUAUAUUUUUUUUAAAGUGCAGUGACAAGCGUCAAGAAUCCAUUGUGACAGUAAAGGUGCUAGGAACAAUGAAAAGUGCAUUUGUGCAGUGUUGCAUAAUAAUGGUUUGUCUAUGGUGUUAAGCGAAACAAAACUGUGAUAAACACAUUCCAACAAAGUGAUAACCCCAAAGUAUAAAGUGAAAUGACCAAAGUGUAAACUUAUCAUGCGUCGUCAACGUCUAACAGUCGAUCCAGACCUGGGUGACUUAGAAGAGAUGCUCGCGCACGUCCAAACACAGCUCGAAAACGAAAUCGACUUGGACAAAGAAAAGAUGCCUUCAUUAACGAGCGUAAUGGAGUCACCAAAGAUGGUUAAAAGAACUUCCUCUUUUAGUAAAUACGACACUCUGGAACUCCGUAGACCCGCUCCUCGGCCGCCAUUGCAUCGCAUCAACAGCGACAUUAACUCUGGAAGUCAUUCUUUGAAUGGCGAUUAUGGAUAUCAGAACGGGAAUUCAAAGUUGCGAAGUGCUCAGGACGAAAUGGGGUCACAGACGUCCUUCCAGUCCUUCAGGUCCGAACCGGCUAGACAUUCAGUCCUCAGUCUGCCGGACAAAAGGGUUGCUGGUUCUCUCAAUGGCAGAGGAAGGACCGCCACACUGCCUAGAGGCUACGGGUCCUCGAAGGAGAAGAACUGGGAGGAGUAUUGGGCGCACGAGCAGUCUAUAAGCAGCGCCCGCGCAUCCGUGAUGGUGUACGACGACGGCCUCAAGCGCUGGGUGCCGUCGGGCACCAGCUCGGGGCUGUCGAAAGUGCACAUCUACCAUCACACGCAGCACAACACCUUCCGAGUUGUCGGCAGGAAGCUGAACGACCAUGAGGUGGUGAUAAACUGCGGCAUAGUCCGCGGUCUCAAGUACAACCAGGCGACUCCCACGUUCCACCAAUGGCGGGACUCGAGACACGUCUACGGGCUCAAUUUCUCGUGUCGCGAGGACGCCGACAGCUUCGCGCGCGCCAUGAUGCAUACACUCGAGGUGCUAGCCAACAAGCCCGCAGGCAACGUGGCGCCGCCGCCGCCGCAACCGAACCCGCCCGCCGCGUACAACGGACACAACAACCAGCACUACGACGAGGAUAUGGGGUACAGAACGAUGACCCGUGAAGACGCGGCCAUGCUGCAACAACCACAGUACCAUGCCCCACAGAACCAUCAACACCAAUAUCACGCCCCACCCAGCCAGUACCAUGCGCCGCACCAUCAGCAGCAGGUCCCAACCCCGCCUGCGCCGCCGCCGCACGCGCACUCACACACGCAGCCUCAUGCCCACGCGGCUCAUACGCACGCGCCGCACACUACGCAUACAUUGCCGCAUCAGCCGCCGGCCGCUCCUACGCCGACACAUCAUCGUACUAACAGCGCCCCGAUGGCCCCCAACAUGUCGCUGUCGGCGCCGCCCGCGCCGCCUCCCGUGCCGCCGCACCAGAACCUGCCGCCGCCUAAUGGUCCUAUGGCUCCGCCUACACCGCCUGCCGCGCCUCAACCGCCACCGAUGCAGCAGUCCACCCCAGCAGCGCCCGCGGCGGGCGCUCCGCCCCCACCCCCGCCUCCGCCCGGGCCGGGCGCCGUGGCGUCCCCGCCGCCGCCGCCGCCGCCCCCCGCGCCCGCGCCGCCCGACCUGUCGGGGCUGGCGGCGCAGCUGCAGCAGGCCAGGCUGAAGAGGCAGGCCAAGCAGCAGCCGGCCACCCCGGGGCCGGGCUCGGAGGCGGCGUCGCCGCCGGGCGGCGCGGAGCACUCGGGCUCGUCGUCGUCGUCGGGCGGCUCGGCGCGCGGCACGCUGCACACCAUGAUGCACGAGAUGCAGCGCACGCUGGCCCGCCGCCGGGCGCACAUCGACAAGGCCGAGGAGUCGUGCGCGGAGUCCCCGCCGCCGGUGAAGUCGUGGGAGCGGGCGGCCACGCUGCCGCACCGGCUGCCGGCCGCAUGUAACGGCCAAACCAAUAAUACAAACAAUAACAACCAUACUCACGCGGAGUCGGGGGCGGCGGCGCCACAGUCCCCGCGCUCGGUGCGCAAGCGGUUCGGAUCCGCCUCCGAGGAGACCAUACUCAAGCAAGUGAACGGCGGCGGCGAGGGCGGCUGCGUGUCCGGUGCGGAGUGGGAGGCGUUCAAGCAGGACGUGCUGCGGGAGAUGCGCACGCAGCUGGCGCAGAUGAAGCGCGAGAUUCUGGACGCAAUGAAGGCAGAGUUCGCGCGCAGGUAAGGUCACCUAGCGUGCGAGUGUUACUAGUCACUGCGCACCCGAUCGGUGGACAUGGAUUUUGAUGCAAUACAAUAUACAACACCACAGGCAAUACAGUAUACAACAACAAGCAAUACAAUAAAAAAUACCAAACAUCAGAAAACACCUAUUGAAAGAAAGAAUCUGUUUAGUAUGUCCGUCAUUUAUGUCUGUAUGAUUCCUUCAAAUUAUUGUUAAAAUAUAGUAUGAUAAAUAUAAUUUUUAUCGCUGACUAAUAAUUAACUAUGUUGUCCUCUCUACCAGUUGCAGCCCUUACCGGGUCCAUGUUGAUACUAUAAUUCUUACUUCUGUAUUUUUAUAACAACACAUUUUGUACACGGUCACAGUAAAUAUUAAUAUUCAUAUUUCCUCAAUUAUACAGGAGGUCUAAACAGGUCACAAUGAAGCAAUUCAUCUAAAAAGCAAUAAAAGCUCGUAUAAAAGUAAGUGCGCAAUGGCAACAAAUUUCAAAUAGCAAUAUUUCUUUUUUAGGUGAAUUGCUACAAUAUGGCAUUUUUAGACCCCCCCCUAGCUACAAUUUGGAUUAUUGUAUAAUUCAGUUAUGUAUUAUUGGAACAAAAAUGUUUCUAAAAAUAAGUAUUAGAAAAAAUGAAAUUAAAUAAAAUACAACAGAUAUGGCGACAGAAAAAUGAGAUCGGCAGAAAAAUUGUUAUAAUUAUCGUAUCAAGUGUAUUACCGAAAAUAAGUAAGAACGUAAAAAUAAUAAAAUGAUAAUUCAAAAUACAUGUUCACCAUUAUCGGUCCAACAAUUUGUGAUCGAAACGAAAUGUAUUACAUAUUUUUAGGGUUGCCACCCUCGCGGUGUGGCUAUAUGAAAAUAAAAACCAACAACGACAAACACAGCAACACUUGCGAUUGUAUUCUCUAUGUUGCCAUGUGGAAUGUACGGUCUAGGAAACCAAUAUGGCGGAAAAAUGUGAUGUCGAAAUUUUUCCAAAUCUUUUUUAUAGGAAAAAGAUUGGUUACAUCUCGAUUGUCGGAGAAAAUGUUGCGAUUAUUAAUCGAUUUUGAUUGGGCGAGAAAAAAACUUAGACUUAGCACACGAAUAUCGAUGCAUAAAGCAAGUUGUGUUUUUUAAUUUUAUACUUAAAAAAUAUUUAUUCGGAUACGUAUUAUGGACGUAGUGUGUAAGGGUUCGACAUUUUAUAAUUGCGAUUUAUUUUUAACUAUUGGAAGUUAAAAAUGUACUUUGGAUAAGUCGGAAAAAAACAAGAAAAAAUUUUCAAAUAGUCUCAUCACUAAUUUAAGAGACACGCUCUUGUCGGUGUAGCAUUCUCCAUGCUACUUUUUUAGGGAAACAGGGCAGUGGUUUCCGUAUUGCCUUCCGCUCCGCAGUACUGUCUGACGCGGGUGGGAUGGCGUAUAGAAUAGUCUAUUUCAAAAUCGUACUAGGACUCCUGUCUUCCGCCUCUGAAUAGCACCGACAGUUACUGCUGCCCUGUCAGAUUCCAGGUUUACUAACAAGAAAUGAUGUUUAAAAUGUACAUAAAGCCAUUUUUAGAGUCCAAUACUAUGUCUUUUAUAACUCGAAGUGCUAAUAUCAAAAACAAAUAAUUUAACAAUCCAAUAGUAAAAAGAAAUCGCGGGAAUUUAAAAUAUAAUACGUGUAAUAUUCACCUAGAAUUAUUAUGUAACUAGUAUUACUCGAUAUUUAUUGUCGGUAACGCGUAUUUUGUACGCACCGAUAUACCUAGCUUAAGAUAUACUAUACAUAUAACUAAAAAAUAAUAAUGCGUAAUACAUAUAUAUGUUACAGUUUCACUAUUUCCUUUGCCGGGUGAAGAUUAAAAAUAUAAUUUAAUAAAAAAAUCUGGAUACCCAUUUCUUCCCUUUGAUGAAGUCUUCCAUAAAAAUAAGUUUAAAAUACAAAACCCUUCCUUUUCAGUCGGGUAGUAAUAUAUGAUAUCAAGGUAUCGUCUUUAAUCCGAUAUUUAAAAUAUUUAAAAUUAUACUGGGUGUCAGUGACAUCGUAACGUAAACUUUGAGGCAUGAUUCAGACAUUGAUUCUGUGUCGACAUCAAGUGGAAUUUUCCGUUGCAGAAGUAUGGAACUGAAAAUAAUUAAAAUAAACACUUAAGGUUUUCAUGACUUUUCCUACAGGAAAUUCCACUUUUAUCAACUCAGAAUCAUGGUUUGAAUCAUCCCCCUCAGUAUUCGUUACGAUGUCACUAACAACCUGUAUUAUACAGCCUCUAUGUGUCUCACUGCUGGGCACAGGCCUCCCCUCUUUAAGUCAACGUAAAGUACCAUUUCUUUAUCUGCCAUAGGUACGGUUUCAUUUUUCACACAAUAAGGUUCGUCAUCUCCAUCCUAGGACUUAUAUCAACAGUGGCUGCGAGUUGUUAUACCCACGUGUGAGUUUUUUUAUGUGUGUAUGUUUUAAAGUGUCAGUAUUUAAACUUAUAUCAAUAAAAAUAUGAUUGGUGGCGAUCAGUCUACAUCCGGGUAUCCAAUGCACUUUAGGUGCUAACCAUUUCAUAGGCCAAACUAGUGUUAAGGCUUUAUAGAUUGCAACCAGUAGACUUAGAACCUUGGCUUCUACACUUUGGUCGACUGUAGCUGUCUCUGAAAAAGCGUGGAAAUAUUUGAUCAUUGAUAUCCUCGUAUUUGAUACCCAGGUUUUUUCUGACAGAUUACGAAGUUACGACCAUAUUUUCAUUUAUCCCAAAGUAGUGUUGUCGCCAAGUUCAAGAUAAAUGUGAAGUAUUGAUAUUUACAACUGUAAAAUACGAAACUAUAAGAAAAGGUUCAAAAAAACAAAGUAGAUAGCAGUUGUUUUUCAGAGGCAGUACUCAAGACAAUAUUUUCAUCCGGCAAAGGAAUAAGCAUUAUACAAAAAUAUCAACUAUUAAAAAGUACACACAUGUAGCAGUACAGCGAAAAUUAUUUGGUAAAAAUUAGUUACACGAAUCAGGCUUUAAAUUCACGUCACAUUUUUUUAGUUGUUAAGGAAUAACGGACUGAUAUAUCAUUCCAAUAAAAAAAACACCCAAAAUGGGCCUAUCGAUUCGUACAAAAUGGGAAAACACCAUUUUUUUAAAGAACUUGGAAGUUUUACAUUUUCUACUUCUUUUUGUGUUAAAAUAAAAUCCUUUUUUGGGAUUUAGCUUAACGGCACUGACGUGAAACCUUUUGAUACCACAGAACACUGGUGCUUCAAAGAAAACUGGGUGCAUGUAAAAAUGAGCCAAGUCUUUCAAUUCCAAGGACGACUAGACAUAAGUACCAUAAUUGAACAUCAAAUUAUUGAUACAAGCUGAAAGCAUUCUAAAGUUAUACUGUAGCAUACCUAGUUCCUUGGAAUUUAUGAUUUUAUUUAUUGAAAGGCAUAUUUUUACAUGACCCUCGUAUUGUCGACUCCAAUAUUUUAUUUGAUGACUGAGUAUGCAUUUAUGAUAGUACGACAUAUAUCCAAUACGUGUUUGUAUGAUGGUAGAACACACGGUCGACUCUGUAGGGUUUACAUUUAAAAAUAAUUCAUACAUCCACUAGAAAAGUGAUUAACAUUUAGUGAUAUUUAUUAUAACUAUUAUUAUAUGUAAGAUAUAAAUGCUAGUAUUAAAAUAUAAUAUAAAAAUGAAAAACUAACCAAAUUUUAGUUGGAUUUACUAUUUUCCUUUAUUGCUAAUUUGUAUUGGUCUCAGUUUAUGUCAAAGAUUGUAUUUAUUAUACAUUAAAAAUGCCAUUUCUAAGAAAUUUUAUAGAGAAUUUUACUAUUUUAAGAGCUGUAAUAGAAUUAGAAAGUUAUUAAUCGUACUUUACAUCAAAACAUCUUAAUUGAAUAAUCAAAACUAAAAUUAAUCAAUUUUCUAAUUGUAUUAAAGUUGUCCAUUGGUUCUACGGCUUAGAUAAUUUUUGGUGUCUAAAUGAUUAUGCAUAAUUUUCAGAAAUUACUUUAAUAUGGUCACAAGUAAGACCUUAUUAAAGUGAUAGAACUUGGCUGUCGCACAUUUAUAGCUAGCUUAUAUUGUUUAGUUUUCUUUGUGAAUCUUAAAGAAAAUAUGCGUCCCUCUGCAGAGCACAGCUUUUCUAAAAUAAGGGGCUAUUAUCAAAGAAAAUGUUUAGGUAAAUCAUAUAGGCGCAUUAGACUUUUGAGUCUACUAAAUAUAUUAUUUGUAUGAUAAAAUUCAUAGGUAAUUUACUACUUUUGAUUGCAAAACGAAUGUGUAGUUUAUUUUAUUGCGAAUUGCAAUUUAUGUCUUACAAUGUUUAGUUAUACUUCUUUAUGUGAUUUCUUUAAAGUAUACUUACAGUAUUUCAUAUUUGAUGAAUGAUUAAUUGAUUAUUUUUGUGUAAUUAUUUCCGGGUGCGAUAACUGAAAUAUAUUUUAGUUCCGUUCGUAAUUUAUUUCAGAACUUGUGUAUUUAGUGAUAGCUUAGUAUAGGUUACCAUUGUGUUGUAUGUAUUACAGUUUUGUCCUAUUUUUUGCAGUCAGAUAUUGUAAAUAGACUUUCGUAACGAAUUAUAUUUUUUGUGAUCGUA